CAUACCACAAUGUCAAACGGAAUGCAAGGCGAUAUGCUCUCAUUCAAAUUGGCUGCUAUUUUUGUCACAUUAUCGUUAAUGACUCUGGGAAACCCUUCUUCUCUGGCCAGCAGUUCAAGGGAAUGCUCGAGUGUAAGGCCAGUAAUCCGAGAAGAUAGUCGCCAGCAAUUCAACUGGCUGGGCAGGAUUAGGUACACCAGGUCAGCGGGUGGGGUGUGGUAUCCCUGCUCCGGAGUGGCCAUAACCAGACGUCAUGCCCUCGUGCCUGCUCACUGUGUUCUAUUUCUGGAUAAGGGCGAUGCCUACAGCUUUAUGGUUGGAAACAGAAGACACACCGUCAGUCGUAUUUUCAUUCACCCAGAGUAUCGUUUGGAGCUUCCGUCUUACGAUGUUGCCGUCCUUAAACUGAACUCCCAACUGAGAUCCUGUUUGUCCAUAUCGGAGGAUACUGAAUCCCAUGACGUGAUCGCCCGUCUAUUCGAUGUGGUCAGUACGCUGGUGGAUAAGCAUCCGAAAAGCCUUCAUACUCUGGCCAGGGUCACGGGUCACCAGUACUGUCAGCGAAAAUAUAAAGAUUUCAUACUUAGGCACAAUGAGAUUUGUGCGUACGUCCACCAGGAUAAAGAUUUCCUAACUGGCGCAGCUCUAUUGGGUAUCCAAAUUGUAAAUGGAUCUGAGGCUUGGCGUCUUUUGGGAAUAUCAACGCACGGCCCGUACGAAAGAAACCGCAAGAUACCCGAUAUCUUUACGCUUAUAUACCCUUUCAAUAACUGGAUUGGGAACAUUCUUAGUUUAUAACUAAGUGUCCGGAAGAAAUUUAAGAAUUAUUUAAAAUAUUAAACAAAUGGCAUUGUCAUAAUAUUAAAUUCAGAACAAAGUUUCAUUCUAAGUUUCAAAGUUCACAUCUAAAGAAUCCUCUUCAAAAAUAUACAUACGUAACUAAAUAAGUGUUGGAAAAAUAGAUUGCAUUGCGGCAAUAAGAAAUAACUUCACACUUUAUCUGCAAGAGGUUAUUGUUCUCAGUGUGCGAAAUCAUUGUGAUUUCCUCGAUCGGAAAACACAUUGUUCAGUUGACAUCCAAAUGUGAGCGAGAUGACAGUAACCGAGGUUCUACUGGUUAUGCUGGUUAUGCCCACCGGUAUCAUCGCUGAAGUUCAGCGCUGUGGAAGACUGUUGGAGAAUCAGCUUUACAACGACAAAACAUUCGCGGAACAGGAUGAGCAUCCUUGGCUGGGUCGUAUACUCUAUAGGGAUGCAAACCAAUCUACCACCAGCUAUCGCUGCACCGUCGUACUGCUCAAUCCGCGUCAUGGCCUGGCGCCAGCUCUCUGCGUGGAUGGAAGGUCCAUCCGGGAGAACACCCCCUUCGCGGUCAUGUUAGGCGGCCCAGAGUGCUCCUCCGGCGGAACCUUCGAAAUAGACGAGAUCUUCGUUCCGCCUAACUACACCCACACCAGAUACGAAUUCGACUUCGCUGUGAUCCGCUUGAGGAAGGAGGUCCCCUUUGCCCAGCACAUCCAACCCAUAUGUCUUCCUCAAUCUGGAGAGUUUGCCCCGACCUUAGCCGGGCAGAACGUGGAAGUGAUUGGCUUUGAAGUACGGACCAACGACACUAGCAGCUUGCGCCGGAAGACCUCUGCCCACUUGGUCGUCCAUUCGGUGUGUGAGGAGCAGUACAAGCACAUAUCACCACAUCUAAUUUGCGGGUACGUCCGCGGAGCUGCUUUGCAACCAGGUGCUAUCCUGGCAGGAGUUCGCCUAGUAAAUGGGGAACCGAGGCAGUACUACCUCAUCGGACACCUCCUGGCUAAAUUUGAUUCGCUUGUUUCAGGAGCAGACCUUUUCAUGUACAUCGCACCUUACAGAAAUUGGAUAGAGGCGAGAAUCAACGGAUUAAACGAAGGUCGCAUUUCAUUAAAAGCACCUACUUAAUAAGUAAAAACAGUGAAUUUAUAAAACAUUGAGCAACUGCAUAAAAAAGAUUUGGACUUUAACUUUAUUUAUCC